AUGGAGAAAGACAGAGAGGUGCACAUGACGGUCGUGGAACCUGAUCCCAAGAAGCGAAGGGUGGAUAGUGGUGACAUACAUCAGCACCUGGCUAACCCUUCAGGCCUGAGGAUCCACUCGGCAUUCACCUCCUUCUUCAGGACAUGUCAGCUUGGGAAGAUAGAUAUGGCCUUGCAAGCCAUGCUAGAGGCUACUUGGCUCCAAUAUCAUGCUCAGCUCAAGGUACGUGGCCUUCUCCAAAAACAAAGUGAUGAGAUCAAGGAACUAGGGAAGAAAAAUGAAGAUAGUGACCUUCUAACCGCCAAGCUAAAGUCAGUGGUUGUGUUUGUGCCUAAUAAAUCACGGUCAUAA